AUGUACAAGGAUCGUAGUGGAGGAAUAAUGGGUGGUGGUGGAUCAUCGAGAUCGGAGAUCCUUGGUGGUGGAGCUAUUGAUCGGAAACGAAUCAAUGAUGCUUUAGACAAACAUCUUAAGAAAUCUUCACCUUCUUCUACAUCUAGGGUUUUCGUUUCUAAAGACAAAGAUUCCUUUUUUGCUUCAACUUCCACUGCUAAAUCUCAUCUUCCUCCUCGUUCACCUCAAGUUGAAUCUGAAACUGAUAGUGAAGGAUCAGAUGUGAGUGGUUCAGAAGGUGACGAUGAUGAUACUUCGUGGAUCUCUUGGUUUUGUAAUUUGAGAGGGAAUGAGUUUUUCUGUGAAGUAGAUGAAGAUUAUAUACAAGAUGAUUUCAAUCUUUGUGGAUUAAGUGGUCAAGUUCCUUACUAUGAUUAUGCACUUGAUCUUAUAUUAGAUGUUGAAUCAUCAAAUGGUGAUAUGUUUACUGAAGAACAGAAUGAGAUGGUUGAAUCAGCUGCUGAGAUGUUAUACGGUCUUAUUCAUGUUCGUUACAUUCUCACAACUAAAGGAAUGGCUGCUAUGUUGGAGAAGUACAAAAACUAUGAUUUCGGGAGAUGCCCGAGAGUUUUCUGUUGCGGGCAAUCUUGUCUUCCGGUUGGACAAUCUGAUAUCCCGAGGUCGAGCACGGUGAAGAUAUACUGCCCGAAAUGCGAGGAUAUUUACUACCCGCGAUCCAAAUACCAAGGCAAUAUUGAUGGAGCUUACUUUGGGACUACAUUCCCUCAUUUAUUUCUCAUGGCUUAUGGGAACAUGAAACCGCAGAAGCCGACUCAAACCUACGUUCCUAAAAUCUUCGGCUUUAAGGUACACAACAAGCAAUGA